UCUACUGAAGUAACACAGUUUUCUUUGUUUUUAGUGCCACCAUGGCAACUGCACCAUACAACUACUCUUACAUCUUUAAAUAUAUUAUUAUUGGGGACAUGGGAGUAGGAAAAUCUUGCUUGCUUCAUCAAUUUACAGAAAAAAAAUUUAUGGCCGAUUGUCCUCACACAAUUGGUGUUGAAUUUGGUACAAGAAUAAUUGAAGUUAGUGGCCAAAAAAUCAAACUGCAGAUAUGGGAUACAGCAGGACAGGAGAGGUUUAGGGCUGUUACACGAAGCUACUACAGAGGAGCUGCAGGAGCGCUUAUGGUGUAUGAUAUCACUAGAAGAAGUACGUAUAACCACUUAAGCAGCUGGUUGACAGAUGCAAGGAAUCUCACCAAUCCAAAUACUGUAAUAAUUCUCAUAGGAAAUAAAGCAGAUUUGGAGGCACAGAGAGAUGUUACUUAUGAAGAAGCCAAACAGUUCGCUGAAGAAAAUGGCUUAUUGUUCCUUGAAGCAAGUGCAAAAACGGGAGAGAACGUAGAAGAUGCUUUCCUCGAGGCUGCCAAGAAAAUCUAUCAGAACAUUCAGGAUGGAAGCCUGGAUCUGAAUGCUGCCGAGUCUGGUGUACAGCACAAACCCUCAGCUCCGCAGGGAGGACGGCUAACCAGUGAACCCCAACCCCAGAGAGAAGGCUGUGGCUGCUAGUGACCUCUUUGCUGUGGCUCUCAUUUGACCUUUCACCUCUGUCUGUUGGAAGCAGUACUUUUUACUGCCUCGUUGUCUUCUGUACAUCUUACUGGGUUUAAUUAAAAAAACAAAAGAAAAAACAACUCUGUUUAAAAACAGUUUAACACAAUACUAAACUGCUAAACAACUAGGUGUAAUCAGGUUAUCAAAAGCAAGUAAUCUCUCCUGCAUGGUAAAUCUAGACUUUUUUUCCCCUUGAUUGUCCUCAUGUUAGGUAUGUCACCAAUACAUGAUUUAAACUGAGCACUGAUGCUGGACUUCAUGAUUUUUACCCCUCCCUCUUUUUGGCAGGGCUUUGUCUCACUGUACGGUUUAAUUUGAUAUCUUAAACCUUUCUCCCCAUCUUUAACUGUUCAAGUAUGUCUGUUGUAACCAAGAAGUUUAUUGCUGUGAAAUGGCUUCUGGUGAUAGAGAAGGGGUUCUAUAACUGCUUUUGUUUUGUUUUUGUCAGAUAAAUUCCCUGUUGUGUGGGUGGCAUUUUUCUUGAGGAGGUUUGCUUCUGUCUUAGCCUUGUACAGGGAAAAUAUCCACUUAUCAGCUUCUCUCUUGUGCUUAAUUAAUAGCUUUAUUUUUUUUUUUACAUCAUUUUAUCCUUUUCUCUUUAGCAGAAAGUAAAUAUGUAUAAAUUUUGAAGGAACUGAACUAACAAUACAUUCUGUGUAUAUUAUUUUAAUGAAGAAAAUAAAUUGAUUACUGGCAUUGGAACAGUAUAAAAUACCAGUUUGUACAGUAAGACCUAUAUGUGACCAUGUUACUCCCUUCCAUUUCACACAAGGAAAUAGACACAACUGCAGUUCACAAGUAAUACUGGCUCCACCCAUUGGUGCUGGCAAUUUGGGGACAUUAUGCUGUAAAGAGCUCCUAGCGUGAGAGGAUUAACACUAGCUCAUCUUUGUUCAUCUUUGCACUGUGGCUUACCUGCAGAUUUUCUUAACUGUUCUUGUGCAAUCAACAAUGUGCAAACCUGCUUUUCUCUUUUUUGUAAACAUUUUGCAUUACAGGCUGCAUUUCUUGCCUUACUGUAUAGAAAAAGAAAAAAGGCUGGGUUUAUUAUUGCACAUUUUAAGCUUUUAUACCUUUAUCUUCUUGGAAUGGUUGAGAUUCUGAACCAUAGGUCUGCUGUUAAGGGAUUUUAAAUUGUGCAUUUUUAACACUACAGUGAAAUAAUUUAAGGUAUCCCUUGUGUUCUUAAGUAUGAAGUGCUAUUUUUGGUCAUGUUGGCAUAAAUUGUUUUAUAAAAGGCAAAGUGUUUCUAACAGUGUUUCAAUGUUUGUGCUGAUACAAAGUAAGUUAUUACUUGAGAUGGUUUGGCCACUGAAGAAUACAGUAUUGCAAGGGAAACAAUCUUAUUUCUUUAGAUAAGAAACUUAGGUUUUACCAAGUUCUUUACUUCUGUUGACUGAUUUCUGAGGUUAAAGAUCAGGCUGGGAAUUCAGAAGUUAUUGAAGUACAGGAUAGGUAAACCUCGGUAGAUUAUAUAAAAUACACUCAGCUCAACUGCUGUGUUUAAAAUACACAUUUUAAAUCCCUCUUUACAGACACUAAAGUAAAAAAAAUACAACUUUCUGGGUUGUAAACAUGGUAGUACCAGAGUAUUGUAUAGUCAACGUUAAAUAAAAGCCAAAACUGGAAUGUGCAGAAAAUAGGAUUUGGUUAAUUUGGGGACUCAUUUUUAUUUGUCUUAAACUUUUUUAAAAAGAAGAUUCCUGGAGUAGAUUGGUAUAUUCUGUUAAAGACUUACAGUGAUCCAUUUUGCUCACACUGUUGCAUCACAAGGGACUCACCCAGGGACCAUGACCUGCCGGUGUGUGUAUAUAUUUACAAAGACAAAACAAACCACCCAUUGGGAUAUAAGGUAGCAAUCACAAACUAAAGACCGUGGCUUGUUUAGGUGCAAUACCCUGAUUUCCAAAGUUAGUUACAGUGGGUCUUAUUGUUUUGUGACAGGAUUUAUUCAGACUGCUGUACUCUUCAUUUGAUGUAACAAAAUGCUCUUAAUCUGAAUAUUUGUAAAUAAAGUACCUGUAUCUAGAUUAAAU